CCAUUUUAAGCCUCUAUGUCGCGUUGCGCGGAGGGUGUUAGGUGUGUGUCCGGCCGGGAGUUGCACGAAUCGCUGGGAGACAUUUAAUAUCUGAAUACGGUUAAACUCUGGGACCUCCCGGGUACGACGACAGCUAUACGCCUUCCAGCAGCCGGUCAGUGGAGGAGGGACGGACACAGCCCGGGCUGGUGGAGGAGGCGGCGGCCAUCACUGGGUGACUGGAUCAGCUCAAACCGGAACCAGCGGAGCCUGGGGACGCCUAGCACACGGCAUCUGCAAUAAAAGAUAGAGGUCCUUGGAAAAACUCAAUCAUGGCAACACAAGCUGAUUUAAUGGAGCUUGACAUGGCAAUUGAGCCGGACCGAAAGGCUGCCGUCAGCCACUGGCAGCAACAGUCUUACCUGGAUUCUGGUAUUCAUUCUGGAGCUACAACUACUGCACCAUCUCUUAGUGGCAAAGGGAACCCUGAGGACGAAGAUGUAGAUACUUCUCAAGUUCUAUAUGAAUGGGAGCAGGGAUUCUCUCAGUCCUUUACCCAGGAUCAAGUGGCAGACAUUGAUGGUCAGUUCGCCAUGACCAGGGCCCAGAGAGUACGUGCAGCCAUGUUUCCAGAAACUUUGGACGAAGGCAUGCAAAUUCCAUCCACGCAGUUUGACUCAACUCAUCCAACAAAUGUGCAACGCCUGGCAGAGCCUUCCCAGAUGCUUAAACAUGCUGUGGUCAACUUAAUAAAUUACCAAGAUGAUGCAGAACUGGCAACUCGUGCCAUUCCUGAGCUAACAAAGCUGCUUAAUGAUGAGGACCAGGUGGUUGUGAACAAAGCUGCAGUUAUGGUUCAUCAGUUAUCUAAAAAGGAAGCCUCCCGCCACGCUAUAAUGCGUUCUCCACAGAUGGUGUCUGCAAUUGUUCGUACAAUGCAGAACACCAAUGAUGUUGAAACCGCAAGGUGCACAGCUGGAACGCUCCAUAACCUCUCACACCACAGAGAGGGUUUACUUGCCAUAUUCAAAUCUGGUGGAAUUCCUGCUCUAGUUAAAAUGCUUGGCUCCCCAGUUGACUCGGUGCUUUUCUACGCCAUCACAACACUGCACAACCUCCUUCUGCAUCAAGAAGGAGCAAAGAUGGCAGUCAGACUUGCUGGUGGACUGCAGAAAAUGGUUGCACUGCUCAAUAAAACAAAUGUAAAAUUUUUGGCGAUUACCACAGACUGUCUCCAAAUACUGGCCUAUGGAAAUCAAGAAAGCAAGCUGAUCAUUCUUGCAAGUGGUGGACCCCAGGCCUUGGUGACAAUAAUGAGAACUUACAGUUAUGAGAAGCUUUUAUGGACCACAAGCCGUGUGCUGAAAGUGCUGUCAGUCUGUUCCAGUAAUAAACCUGCUAUUGUUGAAGCUGGUGGCAUGCAAGCCCUUGGGUUGCACCUCACUGAUCCAAGCCAGCGCUUGGUUCAGAACUGUCUGUGGACCCUAAGAAAUCUCUCUGAUGCAGCAACUAAACAGGAGGGAAUGGAAGGCCUUCUUGGAACUCUUGUCCAACUUCUUGGUUCAGAUGAUAUCAAUGUUGUAACAUGUGCUGCUGGUAUACUAUCCAACCUUACGUGCAACAACUAUAAAAAUAAGAUGAUGGUGUGUCAAGUGGGUGGCAUAGAAGCACUGGUACGCACAGUUCUGCGUGCAGGAGAUAGAGAGGACAUAACAGAACCUGCAAUAUGUGCACUCCGUCACCUUACCAGCAGGCAUCAAGAAGCAGAGAUGGCUCAAAACGCAGUGCGUCUCCAUUAUGGGCUUCCUGUAGUUGUGAAAUUGCUGCACCCUCCUUCUCAUUGGCCCUUAAUUAAGGCUACUGUAGGCUUGAUCCGCAAUCUUGCAUUAUGCCCAGCUAAUCAUGCACCACUACGUGAGCAAGGUGCCAUUCCAAGGCUGGUUCAGCUCCUAGUUCGUGCACAUCAAGACACCCAGCGCCGCACAUCCAUGGGUGGAACACAACAGCAGUUUGUGGAAGGAGUACGCAUGGAAGAGAUUGUUGAAGGCUGCACAGGAGCACUUCACAUUCUAGCUCGUGAUGUUCACAAUAGAAUUGUAAUCAGAGGUCUCAAUACCAUUCCAUUAUUUGUACAGUUGCUGUAUUCUCCAAUUGAAAACAUCCAAAGAGUAGCAGCUGGGGUUCUCUGUGAACUUGCCCAAGAUAAAGAGGCUGCAGAAGCUAUUGAAGCUGAAGGUGCAACAGCUCCCCUUACUGAACUGCUUCACUCCAGAAAUGAGGGUGUUGCCACCUAUGCAGCUGCCGUGUUAUUCCGCAUGUCUGAAGACAAGCCACAAGACUACAAGAAACGUCUGUCAGUUGAGCUUACUAGUUCACUGUUCAGAACAGAACCAAUGCCAUGGAAUGAGGCUGGAGAUCUUGGUCUAGAUAUUGGUGCCCAGGGUGAACCACUUUACAGGCAAGAUGAUCCCAGUUACCGUGCUUUCCAUGCUGGAGGCUAUGGCCAAGAUGCUAUGGGAAUGGACUCAAUGAUGGAUCAUGACAUGGGAGGUCAUCACCCAGGAGCAGAUUACCCAGUUGAUGGACUUCCUGAUUUGGGCCAUGCUCAGGAUCUUAUGGAUGGAUUGCCCCCUGGUGACAGCAAUCAGUUGGCCUGGUUUGAUACAGACCUGUAAAUAAUCCAUAUACUUUUGUUAUCGUCAGAAUGAUUUUGCAUUGUGAUUGGCCUGUAGAGUUGCUGAGAGGGCUCGAGGGGUGGGCUGGUUAUCUCAGAAAGUGCCUGACACACUAACCAAGCUGAGUUUCCUAUGGGAACAAUGGAAGCUAACUUUAUGUUCUGGUCCUUUUUAUUUUGGUUGGAGGAACAAUACCAAUGGAUUUUUGGAAGUGACUCGUACAUCAAGAAUGCACAAGAAUAGUUUGCAAGCUGGAACUUAUCAAAACAAACACUAGCCUUGCUUGUUUAAAUAACAUUUUUUUUUUUAAUUUUAAUUUUUUUAUUUUUAAUGGUACUGACCUAGCUUGCUUUCUUAGUAUUUCGAUUAUUUUUCUUUCUGCGGUAAUCUUUAAGUCUCUGUAGUGUUCAGUUAGUGCAUAUUGCUAAAACGGUUUCUAAUUUUUAAGGAUCAAGUGUAGAACACUAAUUCAUAAUCACUCUAAAUGUAUCCUAAAUAAAGUGGAACAUUGUGUAGCCUUUUUUUGUAUAAAAACAUAGACAAAUAGAAAUGGUCCAACUAGUUUUCUUUUAAUAUGCUUAAAAUAAGCACGUGGAUCGAUUUUUGAUCAAAAGCUUUUAUCUGGGAUAUGUCUGGGUAGGGGCCAGUAAGAACUUAUUUGGAACCUGUAAUGGACAGUUUACCAGUUGCCUUUUAUCCCAAAGUUAUGUACUCUGAAGCCACAGAUGCUUUAUGAGAAAUCGGAUUAUAAAAUGGCUCAGAAGAAUUAAAGUGGACUUUUAAUGCA